UGCCUUUAAAUAUCUCCCUCUUCUUCGCUUCACUAGAACUCUCAUCAAAUACCUCUUUCUCUGUUCAUAAAAAUGAUUCCAAGGUUCAGGAUCAGUCCUUUCAAGUUGGAGGAUAAACAGAUCAAUGGGGAGAGCAUAAAAAAUAAGUGCUCAGAAAAUAUUUCAUUAGCUGUUGGGUUGCAAAUCCUUGUACAGAUUUCACAUGGUGAAUCCAAUGUUCUUGUGAAAUCCGCAUCGAAAAGUCAAUUACCAACAUCUCAAGCGCGUGAUCAUGUUCAUACCAAAUCUCCUGAAUAUUCUUGCUUUCUGAAAACAUGUCAGUUGUGCAGCAAGAAAUUAAGCCCUCAUAAAGAUGUAUACAUGUACAGGGGUGACCAAGGGUUUUGCAGUGUAGAUUGCCGCGACAGACAAAUAGUUCUGGAUGAAAUGAGAGAAGUAGAGACUUCUACUAAGCAAAUGCUAUCACCUUAUGGGCAUCGUUGCAACAGUGGCCGACGGGAGACUCAAAUCCUCCUGCAGGAAUUCCGUCAGCGACAUGAGCGUAGGCCGCGGAUCCGUUGUCAAGCAAAUUGGGCAAUAGUUUCAUAGCCUCAUUGCUCAUAUGUACACUCUUUUUUACUAUCGUUUUCAGGUGCAGAUCGGAAGCAAUGUACAGAAUGUGUUGCCGAAUGGAGUGGGAGUUUCUAUAAGAAUAUCUGUUGUUAAUAUUUUUGCCAUACUUGAUGUAUAAAUUAUAAAAUAAGUAGAAAGAUUUUCACUCAAAAAUAACAGAAAAA